AACUUCGUGAUCGGACCGUCAACCCGAAGCAAAUAUGGCGCUUGAUGUUCUGCGAGGCCGCUUGUGAGGUGCGCGCCAUUGUGUGAAGUGAUUUGUGUGUAAGAGUGAGACUCAAAAACGAGUCAGAUGCGUGCUUAAACAUCUCUGUAUCUAAAGAUGCAGAAUGUAGACAAAUUGAAGAAUCCGAUAAAUCGUAAAAGCGGCGAGGAAAAGGUGAAGAAGUGCGGCAAGAAAGCUGCUCCCGUCAGUGCAUCUUCGGGUCAAUCCCUAUCUGAUUCAGAGUUAGAUAGGAGAGGCGCCGAAGGAAUCGACGAGAGAAUCCCCGGGUUUAUGCACUGCAUGCUCGGAGGAUCUGGAAGUGACAGCUCCGACGUUUCUCCCGUGAACUCGUUCCAACUGGACGGCUCUUCCGCCGACUCCGGUCGUCUUCUGUCUCCGCAGUUCCUGCUGGAAGCAGAAGCCGGGACACCAGCGGACCUAGCCAGUGUGACACCAGAGACCCGCGCGCGCCUCGAGGCACUGCUUGAGGCUGCCGGUAUCGGUAAGAGCCCCGACAGCAGUCGCGUGCUCGCUGACCCGGAAGUGCUCCGCAAGCUCACGAGCUCAGUGAGCUCGGCGCUGGACGAGGCCGCCGCAGCUCUCACGCGCAUGCGCAGCGAUAGCACCGGCGACUCCCACAACCAACCGUCUCUUGUCGACGCGUGUCAGCACGGUAACGUCCCUGCCGUCCGUCGACUGCUGGACGAGGGCUCCUCCGUCAACGAAACCACCGACAAGGGAGAGUCGCUCCUCUCGCUCGCCUGCCACUCGGGCUACUACGAACUCGCUCAGGUACUGCUCGCCAUGCGCGCCAACGUGGAGGACCGCGGUAUGAAGGGCGACUGUACGCCGCUGAUGGAGGCGGCCACGGCCGGCCACGUGGAUGUCGUGCGGCUGCUCAUCAAACACAAGGCCGACGUCAACGCCCAGAGCAGCUCAGGCAACACCCCCCUGAUGUACGCCUGCUCGGGCGGCCACGUGGAGGUGGUUCGCGCGCUUCUCGAGGCGGGCGCCAACAUCGAGGACGCCAAUGAGAACGGCCACACGCCCCUCAUGGAGGCCGCCUCGGCCGGACACGUGGACGUGGCGCAGAUCCUGCUGGAGCACGGCGCCGGCAUCAACACCCACUCCAACGAGUUCAAGGAGUCGGCGCUGACGCUGGCCUGCUACAAGGGCCACCUGGCCAUGGUGCGGUUCCUGCUGGGAGCCGGCGCCGACCAGGAACAUAAGACCGAGGAGAUGCACACGGCUCUGAUGGAAGCCAGCAUGGAUGGUCAUGUGGAGGUGGCCAGGCUGCUGCUCGACUCCGGCGCGCAGGUCAACAUGCCGGCGGACAGUUUCGAGUCACCUCUGACGCUGGCUGCCUGCGGCGGCCACGUGGAGCUGGCGUUGCUGCUGCUCGACAGGGGAGCCAACAUCGAGGAGGUUAACGACGAGGGAUACACGCCCCUCAUGGAGGCCGCCAGGGAGGGGCAUGAGGAGAUGGUGGCGCUGCUACUGUCCCAGGAGGCCAACAUUAACGCCGUGACCGAGGAGACCCAGGAGACGGCGCUGACGCUGGCCUGCUGUGGCGGCUUCGUCGAGGUGGCAGACUUCCUCAUCCAGGCGGGCGCGGACAUCGAGCUCGGAGCCUCAACUCCUCUGAUGGAGGCCUCCCAGGAGGGGCACCUCGAGCUGGUCAGGUACCUCCUCGAUCGCGGAGCCAACGUGAACGCGGUCACCCAGACGGGCGGCGACACGGCCCUGACCUACGCCUGUGAGAACGGUCAUACUAACGUGGCAGAGGUGCUGCUAGACCGUGGCGCCGCUCUGGAGCACGCGGCCGAGGGCGGCCGCACCGCCCUGAUGAAGGCAGCGCGCGCCGGCCACCUCUGUACCGUCAACUUCCUCCUGAGUCGAUUCGCUGACGUCAACCGAGCGACGGCCAAUAAUGACCACACGGCGCUGAGUUUGGCCUGCCACGGGGGGCACCUUCAUGUGGUAAAGGUCCUGCUGCAGCAUGGAGCCAACCCGCACCACAUACUCAAGGACAACUCUACCAUGCUGAUGGAGGCCGCCAAGAACGGCCAUACGCCCGUGGUGGAGCUACUCAUGGACUACCCCGACAUCCAGCCGCUCACCGAGGCGCAGAUGCCGGGCGCCUUCGAGACGACCGAGGGCGGUGACGCGGCGGCGGCGGCGGCUGCGCGCGUGGCCGCCUCUCAGGCGCAGACCGAUCUGUCCCUCCAGGUCAACUCGACCGCGCACUACCACACCGCGGAUGGCGCCGCGGCGGCCGGCUCGGCCUCGUUCGAGCUGCUGCCCGCCCAGCCCAGUGGAGGUGGAGGAGGUGGCAGCGGGGAGACGGCGGCCGGGAAACAGACCUGCCAGAGGCGUCGCUCGCGGUCCGUCGGACAGGGAGAGGCCGACAACAUCUACACGAUGAAGACACCGCCGUACACGCCGUCCUCCCCGGUGACCCAGCCGUGCUGCGUCACCUCCCCAACGGACCUCCUUGACCCCGGUCUGCUGGCUCUGGAUGUGGGUGACGAGGCGGCCCUGAGCCGGGCGACCUCCGAUCGACUGGAGCAGUACAUCAGCGAGAUGUUAAGGAGGCCCGAUGUAGGAGAUCAGGAGGGCGAGGAGAUUGAGAAGCUGACCCAGCUAACCCGCACGCUGGCGUCUCGCAUGCCGGAGGAACUGAGACGCGGCCUGCCAGGCCUGGCUGAAGCAGCGGCGGCGGCCGCUGCGGCGCCCCAGCAGCCGCCACCGGCGGCCGCAGAGGGCACUGGACAACAGCCCAGCCGCGAAUCAGUGAUCGUGACCAACCCGAGCUCUGCGGCUGCGGCGGGGCAGCCCCCGGCCGACCAGAGACCCAAGGCUAAGGCGGUCAGCAAGAAGGAACAGAAGAAGGUACCCAGACAGACGACCACCGCAGCGCCGGCCACCACCACCACCAAGACUCCGGCGCCUGCCGCAGCCACACCAGCUACAUCUACCACCACCUCUACAGCAGCUGCAGCAGCCGGUCCCACCACCGCCGAGCGCCAGCUGACGUCAGCUGCCCAGCUGGCAGCUAACCAGCAGCAGCUGGCAGCGCUGCAGCAGAAUGUGGCGGCACUGCAGCAGCUGGAGCAGACCGUGAUGGCACAGAGACAGAUGGAGAAGUCGGGCGGCGGCUCGGCAGCAGGUCAGCAGAUCCACCAGCGACAGCAGGUACAGCUGCUUCAGCAGCGCAAACAGCUGCAGCAGCAGAUAAAGCAGUUUCAGCAGCAGGUGGAGCACCAGCUGCUGCACACGCCCCACCUGCCGCCGCCGCCGAGCAGGGACGAGCCGCCGCCGCCGCCGCCGCCGCUGCCGCCCGCCGCAGCCGCCGGAGCGGCCGCCGGAGAGGGCGAUGAGACCACCGCCGGCGGCAAGCGUUCGCGCCACGGCGGCGAGCGUUACCCGUCCGAGCCGACCACCACCACCCCCACCACCCGUCCGCCGGCCGCGCCGUCGUCCGGCCCCGCCCAGGGCGUGAAGCGACGCGAGGGCAGCGCCUCACCGAGUCGCGGCCGACCGCCGGCCGCGUGGGAAGGCGACGGCGCGACGUCUGCGAGCCAGGCGGCGGCGGCGGCGGCCAGCCAGGCGGCCUGUACUGCCGCGGGACUGCAGUUUACCGGACUGAACACGCAGGAUACGUGCUCGGCCGACUACCGCUCGCGCGUCCCGACGGACGAGCUGUUAGUGACUCCCGAUGGCGUACCGUUCUCAGGACUUCAAGUGGCGCCGCCGAGCGGCAUACAGAGGCAGUACCAGCAGCUGCAGGCCGCCGCCGCCUUCCAGACGCACAUCGGACUGCAGCCGCAGCAGCUGCAGCUGCUGCAGAGCCAGCUGGCCAUGCAGGGUCAGUAUGUGGCCGGUUUGCCGCUGGAGCUCUCCGCCGGCCAGCUGGCCGCCGGAGCUCUGGAGCUCACCCAGUCCCAACUGGCGGCCAACGCGGCCGGACUCCCACUGGAGCUCACGGCCGCCCAGCUGGCAGCUGGAGCCCUGCCGCUGGAGCUGCCCCCUGGGGCGGGAAUACCGCUGGAGAUGGCUGGACAGGAGGGGAGCGAGAAGAAGGGAAAGAAGAAGGGCAACAACCGCGCGCCUCAACAGCAGGGGGUGGCCGUGCAGGCGGCCGUGGCGGCGCAGGUGGCUGCGCCGGCUCGUGCCCUGACAGACAUGUACCGGCCGUCCGGCGGCGCCGGGGAACCUCCCGAGCUUACCGGGGACCAGGCGGCGGCCGACUGGUCCCGAGGUUACCUCCAGGGAACCCUCCACGGGAUGAACCUGGGCCUCUGUCAGCCUCAGCCGCUCAGCCCGGCGGCCGGGUAUGCUGGCGCGCCGCCGCCGCCGCCGCCCGCGCCGGCCUACCCCGGAGCGGUGGUGUCGUCAGCGGCGCCCGUGUCGGCGGCCGGAGCGGCCGUCUAUCCGCCCCAGGUUCCGUCCGACCAGCUGAAUACGGAGACGGAGAGUAACCACGACACGGCCCUGACUCUGGCCUGUGCUGGAGGACACGAGGAACUCGUACAGCUACUCAUCAAACGAGGAGCCCAGAUCGAGCACCGGGACAAGAAGGGCUUCACGCCUCUGAUUCUGGCGGCCACGGCCGGCCACGCGGGAGUGGUGGAAAUCCUGCUGGCCAGUAAGGCCGACAUUGAGGCCCAGUCCGAGAGGACCAAGGACACGCCACUGUCACUGGCCUGCUCCGGCGGCAGAUAUGAGGUCGUGGAGAUCCUGCUCAAGCAGGGAGCCAACAAGGAGCACCGUAACGUCUCGGACUACACGCCCCUAUCGCUGGCUGCCUCCGGUGGCUACGUCAACAUCAUCAAACUGCUGUUACACCACGGAGCAGAGAUCAACAGCAGGACGGGCAGCAAGCUCGGCAUAUCGCCACUCAUGCUGGCGGCUAUGAAUGGGCAUACGGCCGCUGUCAGACUGCUGCUGGAGAUGGGUAGCGACAUCAACGCCCAGAUCGAGACGAACCGUAACACGGCCCUGACGCUGGCCUGCUUCCAAGGCCGCCACGAGGUGGUGCAGCUACUGGUCGACCGCAGGGCCUACGUCGAGCACCGCGCCAAGACGGGCCUGACUCCGCUCAUGGAGGCGGCCUCUGGCGGCUACGUCGAGGUCGGCCGCGUCCUGCUCGACAAAUACGCUGACGUGAACGCCGCACCCGUACCUAGCAGCAGGGAUACGGCGCUGACCAUAGCGGCGGAUAAGGGACACUACAAGUUUGUGGAACUGCUUGUGCAGAGGGGCGCCCAGGCCGAGGUCCGGAACAAGAAGGGCAACACGCCUCUCUGGCUGGCCGCUAACGGAGGUCACCUGGAUGUGGUUCAGCUACUCUACACGGCUGGAGCCAACAUCGACGCGCAGGAUAACCGAAAGGUGUCCUGUCUGAUGGCGGCCUACCGUCGCGGCCACGUCAAAGUAGUGAAGUGGAUGGUCAAACAUGUCACCCAGUUCCCCUCUGAUACGGAGCUCAUGAGGUACCUCCAGAUGGUGAACGAUAAGGAGCUGGUGAAGAAGUGCCAGGCCUGCGUCGAGAUCAUCCGCGUGGCCAAGGAGCGUCAGGCGGCCGAGGCCAACCGAAACGCCACCUCGCUGCUGGAGGAACUCGCACAGGAGGACGCUAUUCAGAAACAGCGGCAGUGCCAGGCGGCCAAGAAGAGGAACAACAAGAAGAAGAAGAGACAGACCAGGCAGCAGAGGGACGAAGAGGAGAGCGGUGAUGAAGACGAGGUGGCCGGGCUGCCGGGCGCCGCUAACGGCUCGGCCUCGGGCGCCGCCGAGACGGAGGAGCGUGAAGCCACGCCUCCCCCGCCGGCCGCCGCCGCCGGCCCGGCUGCCAGGGUUGGCAGAGCGAGUCCGGAGAGGGACAGUGGGUUCGAUGCCACCAGCCAGUCGUCAACUUCGUCAGCGGGCGACGGUCUGGCGCGAACGGCCGAAUGUCCGGCCGCCGCCGCCGCCGCCCCCGCCCCCGCUGCCGCCAACGGGCCCACCACCGGAAAGCGCGCCAAGCGGGAAGAGAAACGUCGACAGAAGCAGCUUCUUGAGGCUCAGCGCGAAAAUGGGGAGACCAAUAGACGGCAGCAGCAAGAGGUCACCAUGAACGACACAGACCGGACACCCCCGACUGUAGCCAUUUCACCUCAGCCGGCGCCGGCCGCCGAGCCGGCCUCGGUGGCCCCCUCGGCCUCGGCCAAGAGCCGCAGGAAGGACAAGCAGAAGCGUCUUCAGGAGGAGAGGGAGAGGAUGACGGCGGCCGGAUCGGUCAGCUCGGCGGCGGCGGCGGCAGCGGCGCCGGCCGCCGCCCGCGCGGCCAAAAAGGAUAGGACUGAGACCUCGGACACGGCGGUGGAGGAGCGUCGUCUGAUCCCGGGCCUGCCCGCUCGCGGUGUGGUGCUCCCCGUCGGUCUCCGCUCGCCCGGCUACCCGGCCACAGUGGCGGCCGCCGCCAGUCCCAAGAAGAAGGGCAGGGAGGAGGGCUGGCGAGAGGUCACCACCAGGAGCGCCUCCUCAUCAUCUCGUACCAAGCGUGUCACGGUCCCGACGUGCGCCAUCUCGCGUGUCAUUGGCCGAGGAGGGUCCAACGUGAACGCCAUCAGGGACCUGAGCGGCGCUCAUGUGGAGAUCGAGAAGAAGAGCAAGGGACAGGCGGACCGCGUGAUCACCAUCAAGGGCUCUGCCGAGGCGGUCAAGACGGCCCACGCUAUGAUAACGGAGCUGGCCGACAGUCCGGACGCCGACGUAGCGCAGCUACUGGGACGUCACCGACCCCACCAGGCCGGGCAGAGUGGCGGAGCGGCCGGGCAGAGCGGAGGAGCCGGAGCGGGAGACGCCAAGACGGGCAGGCAGCAGACGGCGGCGGCCAAGGCGGCUGCCGCCCAGGCGCUGACGGACACGACGUUCGUUCACACGGGUGUCACCAUGUCUCCUCGCCGUGCUACUGACUCGGCCCCGGCCAAACCGGCCGUCCAGCGCCAGCUGAACCUGGGAGGGGAGCGACCGGGAGCCGGGGGCCACCGGACGGCCGCCGCGGCCGCUGCCGGGGCGCAGACGGAUGCUGCUAAUGACAAGCGCGGUGCCGCCGCCAAGACGGCCUCGGCCGCCGCCGCCGGCGCGCGCGGCCCGGCCGGCGCCACGGCGCCGCGCGCUGCCACACCACUCAUGCAGCGUAAGGUGGAGCCGCCCAGCAGCGCCGCGGCGGCCGCGGCCGGCCGUCGCGCGCCCGCGCCCGCCGCCGCCGCCGCGGAGGCUGCCGUCUCGGCGGCUGCGGCGGCGGCGGUGUCGGCGGCGGCGGCGGCGUCCGCGGCGUCUCAGCCGCCGGCGGCCCCGGCGCAGCCGACACAGACCUACUCGCCGUUCAACUAUAGUCCCAUUCUGAAGAAUGUCGCCCAGAGCAAGGAGAAAAACUUUGCGGCCGUGGUCGCCAGCGGUAUCACCUCUCUCGCGCCCACCACCACCUCCGCCACCGCCACCUUCGUCGAUUCCUCGCCGGCCGUCGGAGUUGUCGACGCCGCCAAGGCUCCCGGCUACCGCGGGGCAGCGGUGAUGACUAGCUCCGCGCCUGUCAGCUCGGCCAGUAGCCAGGCGGGCGCGGUGGCCGCUGCGGCGGCGGUGUCGGUGUCCGCCCCGCCUCCGGCUGCCGCUAGUCCGGUCAGCCCGGCGACGGGAGGGUCGCCUCAGCAGCAGCUCUCGCCGCCUGGCCGCAGCGCCCCUGGCACUCCAAUCGUCUCCAUGUCAGCCGGACCACCGCUGGCGCCCAGUCCUCCUCUGGCCGCUCCCAGUCGGCCGACCGUCUCCCCCGACUGGUCGCUGGCCCCGGGAGGGCCGCUGAACCGCCCCACGGCGCCGCCGCCGCCGCCGCAGCCGCCGCAGCCGCAGCCCGGAGUGGGCGUGCCGCCCGGCGCGCCGUAUAGUAUACCUGAUCUGGGCAUGCUGAGGGGACGGCUGCCGCCGGCGCCGAUUGGACAGAGACUGCCCGAUCCGGGCAUGUUUGGAGCGCCAGGUCUGCCGAUGGGUCUGCCGCCGGCCCGCCGGGACCACGGGAUGCCUCCUCCGCUACCGAACAUCAUCGACCUGCUACACUCGCCGCCGCCGCCCAUAUCGCUGCACCACCCGCCGCCCAAUAUGAUCAAGCACCCGCAGCUGCCGCGUCCGAUUGGCAUGGAGCGGAGCAUCCGUGAGCGACAGUUCCAACAGCAGCAACAGCAACACCAGCAGCAGCAGCAACAGCAGCACUAUGGGAACAAACUGCAGGGCCGUCCGUGGGAGUACCAGCCGUCCCAGGAGGUAGAUAACGGGACCAGUAACUGGAUGACGGCGCCGCCGCCGCCGCCACCGGCCGACGACAUCAUACCGACCUCCGCCUACAACAUGGAGCACAUGAACAUGAGCUAUGAGGACAUGAACACGCUGCGCCGCGCCGCCUCGAUGACCUCGGAGCUGAGCGGCGGCGCCGGCCGCUAUAACUGCUACGCCAACGGUGCCGGCCUACAGGGCCUGCCCACCUACGGAGGGCCGUACGGACCGCUCGGGGGGCGGCCCGUGGGCGGCGCCGUGGUGGGGCACCAGCAACACAACAAUAACGCCGCCCAGGGAGGCCUCCUGGCCGCGCUCGGAGCAGGGGACUCGUGGGGACAGCUGUCCGGACUUACGGCGAGCAAGCCGGCUGGAGCGAACGACUCACACCAGAUGUGGGGCGACGACAACUGGUCCGGCUAGGUCGCCAGCUCCGGGGAGCAGGGCGGCGCGGCCGGCGGUCAGCCGCCGUCCCCGCCCGCCCCCACCCCCGCCCCCGACUCCGACCCGAUGUAUCAUGUCAAGCGGCUCUGGGAUCUCCCCGAGCCGCCCCAACAAGACAAGCUGCAGCUGCAGCAGCUGCAGCAGCUGUUCAACCAGCCCAGAGAAAUGUGGAACGAACCACGUGACUCGUUUGAUCGACUUUCCUUGAAGCAGCCGAACCCGCGCCAUGAUGCGCUGUAGUGACGUCUCCGCGCCUCCGCCGCAGUCUGGGCGGAGAGUUUUGAGCGACGGCAGCGACCUCUAUUCGGAGUCGCGACCGCCGCGCCCGCCACCUGGCGGCCGCCCAGUGAGGCGGGCCCGCUCGGGCGCAGUAUCUGUUUGGAUUGGGACCGGAUGGUUACUGUACUGAGUGGGAGCAUCGAUAUGUAUUGAAUAAAAUAUGCAUAACCAGG